GACAUGAGACAGCCCCCUAGGUGUCUCACUUUCUCGCCGUUUGCGCUGCUUGGUCUGCAGCCUGACGUCAGCGCCGCCCGCGUUGAUUCGCUCCGGCGAGACAAGGGAAGGAGUUAGUGCGUGUUCCCAGAGAAGCACCAGCGCGAGAGAGAGAACCACGGAGCGAACGGGGCUUUACUAUGCUCCACAAGCCCGCCUGCCCCCUCUGUUUGUCCGCCUGCACUCCGGACUCCGUGACACGUUAACUUCAGGUUUCAUCCGGUCGCUAAAACCACUGCCGAGCGGGGGGAAGGCUAGCCUCAUGAGUCGGCCCGGUGGACUUGCAUCGACGUCAUGGAUUUAACAAAGAUGGGUACGAUCCAGCUGCAGAACCCCAACCACCCCACAGCGCUCCUGCACAAGGCCAACCAGAUGCGCCUGGCGGGGACGCUAUGCGACGUGGUCAUCAUGGUGGACAGCCAGGAGUUCCACGCCCACCGGACGGUGUUGGCCUGCACUAGCAAAAUGUUUGAGAUCCUCUUCCACCGCAGCAGCCAGCAUUACACCCUGGACUUUCUCUCGCCAAAGACCUUCCAACAGAUUUUGGACUACGCUUACACUGCCACGCUUCAGGCCAAAGUGGAGGACUUGGACGAUUUACUGUACGCGGCGGAGAUCCUGGAGAUCGAGUAUUUGGAGGAGCAAUGCCUCAAGAUCCUGGAGACCAUCCAGUCGUCGGACGAGAACGACGCCGAGGCCGGCGUCAACGACGGCAGCGCCGAGGAGGACGACGAGCGCAAAGGCCAGAACGGGGUCAAGAGCGCCCAAAAGCAUUCCAUGGAGAGUCUCUACCUGUCGGGUGCCAUGUCCGGCAUGGUGGACCAGAGUCCCUCCGUCUCCACGUCCUUCGGCGUCUCCAACCUGAGCCCCACCAAGGCCGCGGUGGACAGCCUGAUGAGCAUCGGGCAGAGCCUGCUUCAGCAAGGCUUCGGGGGCCAGCACGCCAACGCCCACCACCUGGUGAGCGAGAUCAAGACGGAAAUGAUGCAGGUGGACGCGGGCGGCAACGGCCACGAAAGCGGCGAGUCGGGCGCCUCCAGCAACGGCGAGCGAAGCGGCGAGGAGCGCAAUCGAGACGGGCCGGGCACGCCCACCAGGAGCAGCGUGAUCACCAGCGCCCGUGAGCUGCACUACGUCCGCGACGACGGCAUGGGCGACCCUCAAGCCGACGUGGGCCACAUGGGGCUAGAAGCCAUGGCCGGGAUGGCCGAGAAGCACCUGGCGUCCCUCUACUCGCUCCCGGUCAACCACAAAGGCGAGCACGCCAUCAUGUCCAUGCCCGUCUCCAUGGCCUCAGCCCUGCCCAUGUCGCCGGCCUUGGCCAUGUCGGUGGACUUCAGCGCUUACGGCGGCCUGCUCCCCCAGAGCUUCAUCCAGAGGGAGUUCUUCAGCAAGCUGGGCGAGCUGGCGGUGGGCAUCAAACCCGACGGCAGGAGCCAGCACGAACGCUGCAACGUGUGCGGUGCGGAACUUCCCGAUAACGACGCCGUGGAGCAGCACAGGAAGAUGCACAGCGGAAUGAAGACCUAUGGCUGUGAGUUGUGCGGGAAGAGCUUCCUGGACAGCCUCCGUCUCCGCAUGCAUCUGCUCUCUCAUUCAGCUGGCGAGAAGGCCAUCGUCUGCGACCAGUGCGGCGCUCAAUUCCAGACGGAAGAGUCCCUGGAGGCUCACCGGCAGAUCCACACCGGCUCCGACAUGGCCAUCUUCUGCCUGCUGUGCGGCAAACGUUUCCAGAUGCAGACGGCGUUACAGCAGCACAUGGAGGUCCACGCCGGCGUGCGUAGCUACAUCUGCAGCGAAUGCAACCGAACCUUCCCCAGCCACACGGCGCUCAAGCGCCACCUGCGCUCGCAUACAGCCGGGGACCACCCGUACGAAUGCGAGUUCUGCGGGAGCUGUUUCCGCGACGAGAGCACGCUGAAGGGCCACAAGCGCAUCCACACGGGGGAGAAGCCCUACGAAUGUAACGGCUGCGGCAAGAAGUUCAGCCUCAAGCACCAGCUGGAGACCCACUACCGCGUGCACACAGGUGAGAAGCCAUUCGAGUGCAAGCUGUGCCACCAACGAUCCAGGGACUACUCGGCCAUGAUCAAGCACCUGCGCACCCACAACGGCGCCUCGCCCUACCAAUGCACCAUCUGCCUGGAGUACUGCCCCAGCCUGUCGGCCAUGCAGAAGCACAUGAAGGGCCACAAGCCCGAAGACAUCCCUCCGGACUGGCGCAUCGAGAAGACCUACCUGUACCUCUGCUACGUCUAAACGCAGGAAGGUAUUGGGGAAGGAGGGAGGGAAGGAAGGAAGGAUGGGGCGGGUAGAAGGGGAAUGUAGUUUGAAGGCGCUAGGCCAAGCUGUGCAAAAGGACGAAAGACCGAUUAGCGUCUUUUCUUGCAAAAGCGAUGACAAAAGAAGGGUCCUCCCGGAGAGACGUCAAAGUCUGUUCGUUCGGAAUCACCGGGUGGGUCAAAUGCGCAUUGUGUUCCUUUCUUUAUUUCUUUCAGUUGUUCAGGUCGCCUCGUGACGGAAGCACGAGAGCUGCAGGGAAAGUAUUGCUGCUACAGCGUUGACAGAUUCUCAAGGGCUAUCGGACCCAGACAAAAUAGCAUUUGGUAGAAUCUCGAAGCAUGUGACAUAACGGAUGUUUUGUUUUGUCACUUCUUUUGCUUUCCCCUACCAAUCUCCACACAAAUUCAGGUCACGUGAUGAUGAUGAUGCCAAUGUGAGGAAGAAAACUUAACACUUUGUGUUUGUGGUCGUUGCUGUUGCAACUGAUACGAAUGGAGACCUCUGCCAAGGACAGCCAAAGCCCCAUUUGGAUCACUACCAAAUUGUGUACAUACAUACCAGAUAGCCACCAUUUUUGAAAAUCUACCGCUAGCAAUGUUGGUGAGACGCCAAAAUGAAAUGGCUUCUUCCUUUUUGUAUCUUUCUGAGCUUAUAUCUUAAAUCGUUUUUGUGUCAUGGCGCUAACGAGACAAACGACCAAACAAUCCCCAACUGGAUCACUGUUGUUGAUGCAGGCGCUCCAAAUCUGCUCAAAAGCCUUCUUGGUAGUCUCGCUAAUGCACCUCCUUUAGCGAGAAUGGCACUUAAUCGAGUAGCCCGACAUUUGCCCAAUUUUGAUUAUCCGCUGAGAAAUGAAUGCAAAUUCCAAAAAGUGGCCGCCCAUUCAAAACAAGAAUACCUGGAGCAGCAUUGAAAUUGAUUUUGUUCUUUUUUGUUUUGUUGGAACACGCAGACCUCUGGCAAGGCCAAGAAAGCCCUGGCUAUUAUUGGUUGGUCACCAAAAUAGAUGGAGCUUCAAAAAAAAAGCAUUGUAUGCCCAGCAAUGUAUUCACUUCUUCCUUCUUGGUGUGGCGCUAACGAGAAUGCACACUUGAGAAAAUUCCCAAAAAGUGUCCUUAGUAUAAGAAUUGUUGGGUAUGCACAGAAAUUGGACAAUUGGAGCCUUGCCCCACGACUCCAGCAAAAAUGCCCACCGAGUACUUGAACGUCGACAGGUCGUGUCGAUUUUUUUUUUUUUUUCCCCGGGAUAGCCCCUGAGAAUCUUCAGCCGGUCGGAAUAUGCAGUAGAUGACGAAUCGGGAGCGCUAAAAACAAAGGAUGAACCUAAAUGAUCAGUUGGGUGGGAGGGGGAGGGGCUUCACAUUGCUGCUUUUUUUGGGGAGGCCGUCAGUCUUCCCGGUCCGGGUGUCGAAAGACUGACUUAUAUUUUUGUCCCGCUCUGCAUCAUCAUCGAUCAAUGUAUCGCCGCAAUUACGACAACAGUUUCUGUUUGAUAUCAGUCCCGCUAUAUAUUCACAUUAAUCACAGCAAUACACCGCCGCCAUCCGCGUAUACUCUCAUUUAUCUCACACUAACCACAAAAAAAAUGUCAGACUUGGGAAAGAAAAACGGCUGCUCUCGAAGUAGUGAAUGUCGGAAAUAGGCCGGCGCCAUCUCAACACGUGAAUGUGAAAAGACUUGCACGCCAAGCUUGGCUGGGGAAUUUGGGAGCCCGAAAACGCCGACCGCCCGGCCCGGUGAAGGAAAGUCACUGUUAUCCGAGGAAGCGAAAGCGGGAAUUGUCAACUGGAGUAUUCGGGUGAUUGCCGAAGAGGGGCGGGACCAAUAGGGCGAUGGAAACGUGGACUCUUUUCUCUGUGGUUUCAUCUCCUCGUUUUCACUUCAUACUUGAAUUACCUCAUUUUGUGACCUCAUGUUUUUUUCUUGUUUUUUGUUAACCCUGUGUUUUGUUAGCGUCGCGAGUCGGAAAGAUGCAUUGCACAGCGUGACGAAGCUGUUUGUGUGUGUGUGAGCGUGUGCGUGUGCAUGAGCGUGUGUGUGCGCACGCAGACACACAUUUCAAAAGUGCCGCGGCAGCGAUGAGAUUUAGUUUGUGCGUGCUACCAAAUUUGGUAUUAUUACUAUUAACCGCGCUUGUUGGAGUCAGCAGGUUGGUCUUUUUUAUUUGAUUUGUUUGUCUUUUUUUUGUGUGUGUUUGUUUGUUAAAAAAAAAGCUACCUCUCUUAAGUUCAUGUUUUGGCAAAAGCACAUUUUUUCAUCAUUGCUACUUCAUCUCACGCUUACGUUUUUUUGUUCCUCCAAUUUGAGUCGCCGGAUUUCCUCAAAUAGCGGCCCCCUCUCAAAUCAUUGUGGUUGAACUUAACUAAUGCCUUCCCGCCAGUCGACACUGCCCUUGUACAAGUCAGGGAGGGUGAAGUCGGAAGUCAGUUUAGCUCGCUCUGUUGCUAACCAAAACAGCAGCCGCUACCAAGUUGCAUUUUUGGAUGAAUGAAAAUGUGGGGUCAUCAUUGGUCCAUGUUUAUUUGUUAUUUGCUUUUAUUUUUUUUAUGUAAAAGCCUCAUCCCUACACCCACGCAUUUGCUUUUUUUUUUAACGCAAUGCUUACUUGAUGCAUUUUGUUUACUGGCUCCCACAUUUACUCACUUUUUUUAUCUAAUACGAGUUUUUUUUUGUUUGUUUGCAUAUUCAUGUUUUUCACCUGAUUUUAACUCCCAAUUAUUUGUUGUGUUGGUUUUUAUACCUAAUCUCCCACUUAUUUGUGUUUUUAGUUUACCUAAUGCCCUUUUUUUUUUUGUAUUUAUCCAAUUUAUCCAAACUUCACUUAUUUGACUUUUUCACCCAUUCACCGCUUAUUUGCCAUUUUUUGAUGAUGUUGUUUAUUCACUUUUGCCUGAUUGCCACUUUGUCAUGUUUUUUUAAUUUCCCUGAUCUUCUGCUUAUUCAUGGUUUUAAUUUACUGGCUACCCCGCUUAUUGGCUUUUUUUUUUUUUUUACCUGGGCCACUAUAUGAGGAAAUACGGUCAUUUUAAAGCAAAAAAAAACUGUCAAAAAAUCACCAUCGUCGAGAUUGAUGGGAUGAAUGGGGACGUAGUCCGAGAGAACGUUUUGGGAUGGAAGAAAAUAAUACAAAAAAAGCAAUUUUGAAGCCUUAAGUGAUGCGCAAAAUGAGGAGGAAGAUAAGAGGAAAGCACUAUUGCUUCGUGGGUUCAAAAACGAACGUAGACACUUGAACAUAUGUGAAUAGACUUGUAGUUUUGUAAUGUGAACGGUGGAUCAAAUGGUGCUGGAGGUCUUUUCUGGGUUAGGGUUUUUUGCAGCGUGCGAUGGACAAUUGGACGUUUAGUAAUCAUCAACAAACAAAAAAAAAAGUCAAAAAAUGAAUUCCUGAACAAGAUUCAACGGAGGUGAUUUGAUAUUAAAAAAAAAGUAACAAAUUGUGAUAUUUUUGUAUUGCGUGUCAGUCCUGUCUAUUUUUUUGUGGAGAGUCUGAGCAGGGCACACAUUGGUCUUUUUUUUUUUUUUUUUUUUUGCUUUUGUUUUGUUUUCUCUGGGUGUAAUUCUUGCCUUGCUCCUCUUUGAUAUCGUGUGAACAUAUUGUAAUAAUAAUGAUAAUAAUAAUAAGUGUUGCUUUCUGGAUGUCAAUUACAUUGUAGGUGAAGGACAAAAAAAAUCUUACCGCCAACUUUAUUUGGGAUGACAACAACGACAAAACAAAAAAAAACGAGAGUACUUGUCACUCACCAUUCUAGCAAUCAAACUUGACCGUGGGCUUGUUAUUAUUAUUAUUUUUUUGUAUUAUUUGUUUUGUACUUGAAAAGAGUAAAAGAGAAGGGAUGGCACGUCCCGUAACACUGUGAGCCGAGAGGUUUGGGGAUUUUUGUUUCUUACCCCCCACGACAUCACCUGCAAAUAUCAACAGCAAAACAAUCUCACAAAUCAAUCGUUACCCACAAUGCAACACUUACCCGUCAAGUCAAUGACGUCAUUGUCCUUUGAAUGUUUUCUCCUUUUCCUGUGCGCUUGACAGAGUGUGUAGCUAUGCGUGUGUGUGCGUACUCGUGGAAAAAUGCACUAAAUCAGAUACAAAACUUCUAUUCUAUGCCACUGUUUUUUUUUUCUUUCUAUGUUGGAAAAUGAUGUAACUCUAUAUACUCGUUGGCAUCAAUAUCGUUCUUCCCUCAGUGUUCCGCUACGAUGUUUUUUCCCGUACUGUUUGUGUGCCUAAACAUGGAAAUUGUUGGGGGGGAGACGUGCUCCGUUUCUGUAUUUUCGGAUAAAAGAUUUUGCCAAAAAAACUGGAAAAAAAAUGUUGUCUGCCAGCAGCCAUGGGAUGUCAUGAUACACAUAUUUCUUUCUUCAGAAUUCGAGGGCUAUUGAUUUGAUAGUUUAAUUUGAUUUUCAUUCCUUUUUUUUUUUUGUUAAACAGCAACAGGUUUGCUGACAUUAAAAGAAAAUUUAUCAGGAAAAAAAAUAUAUCAAUGGACUGUUGACACCAUCUUUUCUUGCCCUUAAUUCAACCAUGACCUCAUUGUGGCACCUUGACAUACAAGUGGCCCAAAAUAUUUUUUUACACUCUAUUUGAUUAUGUCAUUACUGUAUAUUUUUAUAAUGUCCAGUAAUAUUGAGUUCUAUUUUUCUUGUUUAUAAAAAUUGGAAGCAAGAACAGAUUAAGUGAAAUUCCAUUCAUUUCAGUGGGAAAAGACGAUUUGAGAUACGCGUGUUUUGAGUAAAUAAGCAUUGUAUCUCAAGGUAACGCUGUACUUUUGAUUGAUUAUUAUUUUUUUCUUCUUCUUCCUCCAACAUGAUGCUUUUAGGGCGCGUGGGUAAAAAAAAAAGUGGCACUCAUGGCAUCCCUGGAGCAGGCACUUGUACGUGUGUGUGUUUUUGGUGUGGUGUUCCUUCUCGCCAUUUCACGCCCAUGUGCCAUCAAGGUCUCCACGUAUGUUUAAAAGAAUAUUGACAACAUGUAAAAAAGAAAAAAAAAGCACCAAGUUAUUUUAUUUUUAUCCAAGCACUGAGGACCAACAACUUUGCUCCGUUCGGACCAAGCGUAACAAUUUUCUUUUUAAGCAUAAAAAAGCUUUUUUUUAUUGGUUGUUUCUUUUCCAUUUUGGUGGCAACACAAGUGCCAGUCCAGAAGUCGCUCUGUAUUAUUAAGAAAUUUAAAGAUGAUAGUGUUUCUUUUUUUAUUAUUUUAAUGAUGAUGAUGAUUUGAAUUGCUAUAGUUUUUGUCUACCUCAGCACCCAAUCUUAGCCUAAUCUUAGAAGGUGCCCAAUUAUUUUUUAGUUUUUCUUUUGUUUUGUUUUUUGGUUUUUUUUGUUCUCUUCUCGUUUUAUUUUUUGUUCUUAUCAUUGAAAAUUGCAUUAGAGCUUUGCAAAAAAUGAAAAAUGUCCUUUGUCUUUUCCAACGACAAUGUGCGAUUUUUUUUUUCCACAACUCCCCACUGUGGCAACAUGUUUUCAUAUGUCUCGCCACCGUCUGUUAAUAUUGAGGUUACGUUUUGUUUUUGGAUUCAUUUCCAUGUAGAAUCAGACGCAUCACUUUGUAACAUUUCAGUGUUCUCUGAUGGAGUGUGAAAAAAAAAUGAAAUAAACAUUUAAUGCUGCAGGUCCUUCCAUGUUGUCACUAAAGUCGUCAAUGUUGUGCCUUUUUGAUCGUGGAAAAAAAUAUUAAAGAAUUUUUUCUUUGGGGUUUUACAUCCUACUAACAGUAUAUUGUCUUUUUGUAGUGAGUGGAUUGAUUUUGUUUGUUUUUUAUUUAUGGGUUUCAUUAUAAAAAAUCAAUUGUACACACAGGAAAUAAACAAUGGACUUUAUGUCA